CUCUCCCUCUCUAGCUCUCUCUCUCUUUCUCUCUCUCUCUCAUACAUCAACACACAGUGAAUAAAUAUACUUUCUGUUGAAACUUGAAAGCAUUGAACUCCCAUGGCCGAUGAGUUUAAUGAUUCAAAUCACUCGAGCUUACUCGGUGCUGAUCAGUACAUCGUUAAUCCGAAUCCAUUGAGUUCCGAGUCUGCUUUCACCCGCUCAUGGGGCUCUUCUUCUUCCUUUCUGAAUACCUCGUUCGGGUCGGAGCAGGAUUCAAGCGAGACUGACAACGACGAUGGAGACGAGUUCGUUGCUGAGUUGACUCGAAAAAUGGCGGAUUACAUGCUUCAAGAAGAUGACGAUGAUAAUUCUUACGAUAAGUACACAUCUCCCGAAGGAUAUGUUUCUCAGAAACCGAUCUCCGAGGUAAAGCAUCCAAAUCAAAACCGAGUUACGGAAGACUCGAAGCGGGGAAGGAAAGGAAAGAUGACUGAGUCGACUCAGCAGUUGAAAUCUUCCAGUUCCAAAGGAUCGAGAAUGCGUCCAGUGUGUUAUGGACCAAUGACGUCUCCAACCGGGUCGGGUAUGAGAGCCAUUUUCCUCAACGGGCCGGGUUCAAAAAACGGGUCGAAUGGUACCGGUGUGUUCUUGCCUCGUUCAGCCACCGAUGCAACCGCUAACCGCCGCAAAAAACCAGGUUGUUUAACAGUGCUCGUUCCAACAAGAGUAUUACAUGCAUUAGAACAACAUUUCAACAACAUGAAAUCACGUUCACCUACAAAUAACAUGCAUCAUAUUCAGUAUGAUAAUUCCAAUUCCAAUGGCCAAAGAGGUGGUAUGCAUCACAAGUUGCAAGUGUCGUCGACGUCAACUGACCAUUUAGAGAGGAAACUCCCUCAAGAAUGGACUUAUUAAUGAAAUAAUAAUAAUAAUAAUAAUAAUAAUAAUAAUAAUAAUAAUAAUAAUAAUAAUAAUAAUGUUAAAUUUGAUCAAAUAAAUAUCUUUAACAAAUGAUUUUUCAAGUUAGAGGUAGUAGUAAUAAGGAACCUCUAUGAAAAUCCAAGAAUUAAGUGCAUAAAUAAGUCAAGGCCUAGUUAGUUCGAGUAAUUAUCUAUGUGCAUUAAGUAUUGGUGUACCGAGGGUGUUAAAAGGUCAAAAGUUGAUAAUGUGGAGAGAAAAGUGAAGUUUUAUGAAGUUAAGGGGUGUUUGUUUUAAAUUCUUAAUUUCAAGUGGACGUUCUUGUAAAUUAAAAUUGAUUCGGUUCAACUUUUAAGUCGCGAUCGUGACAUAUUCAUUUGAAAAUCAUUUCCUUGAUAAUUAGUUUGUAGCUAAGGGUUU